AUGCCUUCCGAAUCCGACGAAAGGUCACCGCUCCUCGCAGCGGCUGCCGAGCCGGAAAACGAGAGCGAGACCGAACAGAAUGAGGCCACUGAGUCGUCACCGUUGCUAGCAGCUCGGAAAAGCACCAGCCCAGGCCCCGCUGAACGAGACAGCAACGCUCCAUCGGGACAGCCUCCCAGAGACGAGACGGGAGUCCGGCGGAAGCGGAGAUGGCCGUCUUUCAUCGCAAUGCUGGUCAUGGCGAGCUUGGUCGUCGCCAUCAUGGUCCUUGGUUUUGUCGUCCCACCGGCUGUUCAGCAGUACAUUGAGAACGCGGUUGUUUUGGAACCGACCGACUUGUCUGUCGAGUCGCUCACCGCGGAAGGGAUACGCGCUCGCGUCAAGGGCACCUUCAGGCUGGAUGGUUCGCGGGUGGCGGAUGAAAAUGCGCGACGUAUCGGCCGGAUCGCCACCAGCAUCAUGAGGCAGAUUGGCACUGAGGAAACCAAGCUGCGCCUGCACCUGCCGCAUUACGGCAAUGCUCUCAUCGGGAGCGCGCUGCUACCGCCCAUCACCCUGCACCUGGUGGAUGGUACAGUCACCGAGCUGGAUUUCGUCACGGAAUUCGCUCCUGGCGAUACCGAGACAGCCCGUCAGGUCGUCAACGACUGGCUCAAGGGCAAUCUGCAGCAGCUCAAGGUCACUGGAGCCACGGCAGUUGGCCUCAAAUCCGGCAUUAUCCCGCUGGGAACUCAUGACGUCACGGAAUCCAUGGUAUUUGAAGCCAAGGAUCUGCCCCCCAUGCCCGAGUAUACCAUUAACAACCUGGUGUUCCAUGACGUGCCCGUCGGUGAUGGUGGCCAGAUGGGAGUCGGCGCCAAUGUGUCCGUCACUGCUUACAACCGACUUCCGGUCGGGCUGACUGUCCCGUCUCUCGGAUUUGAAGUGCUUGUUGCCAACUGUGAUGCCUCCCAGCCCAACAUCAGAGUGGCUUCGGCUGUCUCGAGCACUAUCGAGAUCCAUCCCAGAUCCAACGUGACUGUUGAAGCCCAAGGAACCAUCCGUGAGCUACCAGCGUCUCUCACCAAGGCCUGCCCUUCAAGUGAGCUGUCGCCGCUCGAUAACUUGAUGAAGCGGUACCUGAACGGGCAAGACGCAGAGGUGUUUGUGCAUGGGAAAGCCUCCGGCAGCGGGGGCCUGCCCGACUGGAUCGGCAGCUUGAUCGAAAGCAUCACCGUUCCCAUCCAGUUCCCCGGGCGCUCGCUUGAUGGUUUCCUGCGCGAAUUCGCUCUGGAAGACGUCGACUUCAAACUGCCCAGCCCGUUCGCAGAUCCGGGCCGCCCAGACAGCAAGCCUCGAGUGUCUGGCACCGUCCGCGUCCUGGCAGCCAUACCUGCCGACUUGAACAUCAACGUCAGCGUCAGCAGCCUCCGGGCCAGCGGCGACCUCGUCUUUCGCGGCAGCAAGUUUGGAGAGCUGAGAGUCGACGAGUGGCAGAAGGCGACCUCGAGCAUCGUCCACAAGCCCGGCAACGAGGAGGACUUUUUGAGCGUCACGUCUCGGAUCCGCGACGCCCCCAUCGAUAUCCUCGACAGCGACACGUUUUCCGAAAUCCUACAAGAGCUGUUGCUGGGGGGCAAGGACAUCAUGCUCGACGUUAGGGCAAACGUCGAUGUCAAAGUGUCAACUGUGCUGGGUGACGUCGUCAUACGCGGAGUACCUGCGACUGGCAAGGUUCCCGUCAAACACGUGCCCGGGGACACGCUCGCGGCCCUGAACCCGCAGGUCGGCGAGGUGCGCGUCCUCAGCACUUCCAAGACAGGCGUACAUAUAGAAGCAUCGGUCAACAUGACCAAUCCCACGCCCUACACGGCGUGGAUUCCCUACAUGAGCAUCCACAUGACCAAGAACCAGCACUUGCUUGGUGAAGCCGUCGCCAAGGAGAUGCGCCUCGGGCGCGGGGACAACUCCAACCUAGUGGUCCAGGCAACCUGGGACCCGGAAUCGCUCGGCGGGCCCCCCGCCCGCGCGGCCGCGCGCCGCCUGCUGUCCUCGUACCUGUCGGGCAAGAACACGACCGUGACGCUGAGAGCGCACCGGGCCUCCGUCCCAGCAUGCCCCGCCGUCGGCGAGGCGCUGUCGAGACUCAACGUGACGCUGUCGACGCCGCGGCUCAAGCUCCCGGGAGACGCGGACGGGGACGCCGGCCGCGGGUUCGUCCGCGACGCCACGUUCCACAUCCUCUCGUCGACCGCGACGUUCACGCUGGCGUCGCCGCUGGGCCGCGACACCGUCCACGUAGAGCGCAUCAACGCCACGGCGUUUUUCAACCACACCGAGCCGGUGGGCCGGAUCCUCCACGACGAGCCGUUCGACGUCCCGCCGGGCUUGUCCCGGACGCCGCGGCUGCCGGUGGACUGGUCCGCCGACCGCGUGGGCUUCGGCAAGCUGCGCGACGCGCUGGGCGGCACGCUCAAGCUGGAUGCGGUGGCCGACGUCACGGUCCGGCUGGGGCGCUGGGUCGAGCAGGUGAAUUACGAGGGCGAGGGGAUCGGCGCCAGGGUCUCUCUCUGA